AUGGAUGGUGCCACAGCCCCCGGGGCCGCCGACCCCGCACUGGAGCCGCUCCGGCACCUGGCUGGAGUGCGGGUUGGCGAAGCUCAAGAGUCCCCCGAGGAAUUCAAUCGGGAGAAGUUUUGGAGAAGACUCAAUGAGGCGGCACUCAGAGUGUCACAUGAAGCCACGAUUCUGACGACAGCCUUCUCCCGACUUCCCCUGCCGUCUCCACAGGAGACCCAGAGAAUCUGUGAGCAAGCCCGUGUUGCUAUUGAAGCAAUCAUUGCAGUGUACUACUCCCUUCCCAAGGAUCAGGGAACCACCCUGCGAAAGCUGGUACGGGGUGCCACUCUGGACAUUGUGGAUGGCCUGGCACAGCUUGUGGAGGUGCUUUUCAUCACUCCUGCUGAGGGCCCCGAGAACAAGGACCUCAUUUCCUGCAACAGUGUUUGGAUUGCCUGUGAGCAGGUGGCUCAGCUACCAAGAGAUAACAAAGCCGCCGCCCUUCUGAUGCUGACGAAGAGUGUGGAUUUGGUGAAGGAUGCCCAUGAGGAAAUGGAACGGGCUGUGGAAGAAUGUGACCCUUACUCAGGCCUCUUGAAUGACUCUGAGGAAGACAACGUUGGGAAUGACCAUAGGGUGAACGCUGCUGACCCGAUUGAUGCUGAGGAGGAUGCACUGGGCUUUCCAAACAACCGGGAUGUACACUGGUCACAGGAGGAUCAGGAGCUCAUAACCCCGUGCCUCGCCCUGGUGAAGGCAUCCAAAGCCAGCCUGAAGAAAAUCCGCAUUUCCGUGGCAGAGAAUGGGAAAAAGGAGCAGGUGGCCCAGCUGGAUGACAUUGUCGAUAUUUCUGAUGAGAUUAGCCCCAGUGUGGAUGAUUUGGCUCUCAGCAUAUAUCCACCUAUGUGCCACCUGACUGUGCGAAUCAGUGCUGCGAAACUUGUAUCUGUUUUAAAGAAGGCACUGGAGAUUACAAAAGCAAGUCAUGUGAGCCCUCAGCCAGAAGAUAGUUGGAUCCUGUUACUCAUUGCUGCCGUUGAUCAUUGCAUGAACAGAAUCAAAGAACUCACACAGCGUGAACUUGAAUUAUGAGUUUUCAGGUUCAUUUGUACCAGCCAGGGUCUGAUGUUUGCUUUUAAAAUAUGGCCAGAUUGCUUUCUGGGCCACAAGAGAGUCCCUGUCUGGACUUAACAAGAGAUAAUAUUACCAGAGUUGUUUGAGUAGGCCAGACUGGCAAUUAUUUAUAAACUGUGUAAGAGUGUGAUGUAUUUUUCUGUGCUAGGUACAAAAGCUAAUUGCAUGACUUUGUGUUUCUGAAUUGUCCCAGAGAUUCCUGGUGAAGCUGCCUGAUGCAUUUCUUUUUAUUUAUUUAUUUCCAACAGUUCAUUGUGCUCAGGGGAAAGGAUAGAUGGCAAAUCAUAGUCCAUUCAGAGCUUAUUCUCUGUCAUGGGUUGCAGUCCCACAAUGUGUCAGCACUUUCCUUGUCUUCUCCUGGGUUCCCCAUUCCCAUUCAUCUAGUUUUCUUGUCUCUGAACGUUGUUUUUGGAAAGUGUUGCCCUUUUGAUCUCAGGAACACAUUCUUCAGGUAACCUCUGGGAGUGUCUUCAGUUUCACGUUAGAAGGUUAUCUGAAGGUCAUGGUCUCAGGGAUCCUCUAGUGUCUCUCAUUUAAAUUUUAUUCUAUAAUGUUUUACGCAUUCCUCAAGCACCUGCUGUGUGGUCUUAGAGUGGUCAGUAGUGGAAGGGGGGGGCACCCUCUAGUUCUUUGGGUCUCAGGUUAGAGUAGGUUGUGGUUUAUGUGGGCCCUUUGUCCUUUGGGCUGAUGGCUUCAUUUUUCUUCUCGUUUGCUCCAGGCAGGAAGAGACCAAUAGUUGCUUCUUAGAUGGCAACUCAAAAGCUUUAAGACUCCCAACGCUUCUCACCAGGCUGUAAUAUUAAACAUAUUUCUACCCUGUGGCCAGUUCCUGCCACUGGUCCCUGGCCUUCAAGUUGAGUGGUUCAGUUCUGACAUCUUAGUAAUUUCUUUAACAAGCCCCCUAUGCAUUCUAUUACAAAUAUGAGUUUACAUCAAAAAUUUACAAAUAUGUAUAUAGAAAUAUCCACUACCAUAUCUAUGUAAUAUACUCCCAUAGGGACCUCUCUCACCUGUUAAGUGUAUAUAUUUACCAUGUUUCUGAUAAUAAAUUAUUGCUCUUGUUGCGGAACUGUGUAUUACACAGUUA